AUGUCGUUCGCCGCACCACGCCCGUCGCUGCGCGUCCGCGGCCACCUGCCCGUGCCACGUUCGCCGUGCCUGCCGCUCCAUGCCACCUUCUCGUGCCCAAGGCCAUCGUGGCCGUGCUUCGCCCUGGCCCGUGCCUGCCCCUUGCUCGCCUCCCGCCAUCGCUACUGUUGCUCGCCGCCCGCACGCGCCCCGCCGCCUCCGGCCACCAUCACCGCCGCGCAGCUGCUUCCUUGCUCCGCUCACCACUCCUGCGCGUCGCCCCGGCCGUGCCCUCAUGCUGGCCGUGGUCGCCGAAGCGCCACCACUGCCACGUCGCCGCUCCUGCUGCACGCUGCUUGCCGCGGCUCGCCCGCCUACUGCCGCUGGCCGCUUCUGCUUGCUGCAUCCGCGCCGCGCCCGCCGCCUGCUGUGCGCGCCCCCGCGCGCAAUCCUCCCUGUGUCGCGCUUGGUAGCCGCCCCCUCACCUCGCUGACCUGCUCCGGCCGGCUGCGGCUGCCCUGUCGUGGCCGUCGACCAGCCCGCGCUCGCCCGGGUCUAGUUGCCCGCGCCCCGCCACCGGCGCCGGCGUGCGUCGUGCGCGCCCCGCGCCCUCUCGGGCACGCGCCCGUUCGGGCCACGCCCGCACCCAGCGCCCGUUAG